UGCUCAAUAUUGAACAGCUGAGAAACGCAGACAUUGCUAAAAAAAAAAAAAAAAAAAAAAAGGCCAGCGACAGCUGUGCGGGUGGGCAGCAAUGUGUGAAAAGUGGGUGUGUUAGCCAAGAAAAAAGCAAGAAAAAAUUCAUAAAGGCAAAAAUCGCAAGCAGAAAUACAAAUCGAAUAAGCAUGUACAGUGUGUAGUAUCAAUCAUACACCAUGACCAGGAGCACGGCUCAAAAUCUAACAGCCGGCGGCCGUCUGGCGAAUAGCAAAAGGCUUGUCCUGUGGUCUGUGGUGCUGGUGCAGGUGUGUUUCAUUGCCUGCAUUUGGCUGCUGCAGAGCAAUCACAAUGAGCUCCAACUGCAAUCCACUAGUAACAACAACAAAUUGGAGCUAGAGAUGGGGCGUGUGCAUUUCGUGCACCAGGCCAGACAUGCCAAGAAGUCUCUAGCCUCAUCCCAUUGUCCGCGGAGCGAGAACAUUAAUCGAUAUCAACAGGAUUUUUUUCAAAUGAAAAUCGAUCGGAUGAAUCGCUCUGCAGAUUAUGCUAUGCCGGCUUACAUGGACAUGGACUUAACUCCAACUCUAUGGUGCUACAGUGAGGGCACGCUAAACGAAACCCGUCAGGGACGCAACAGCGUAGACUAUUUGCUGGCACAGCCACAGUGCCUGUGUGCCAGCGGCUGGCAUGGACGGGACUGCGGACAGCCGGAGAUUAUAUGGCGAGCACUGAUGACGCACAGUCGGGCCAGCAAGCGAGGCGGCAACGAGGCGCCAUUGAAGCUGCAUGAGGCGAGCAGUACGUCAUUGAAACGCCUUUACUAUAUACUUAACUUAGGUGCCUGGGAGCAUAUAAAUAUGGAACUGCUGGAACUGCAGCUGCGCACACUUAUCAAGGUUGUGGAUACAUUUCUUAUCUAUUAUUAUGUCAGGGACAGCAAGGAUAGACUGAAACAGCGCACGCUCGAGCGCCAAUUGGACGCGAUACCCAUUCCCAGUUACCUGGUUUAUCAGUGUGAAGAGGGACAGAACCCUGGAAACUGCAGUGGUGCAGCGGCCUACAGCUACUUUCGUCACCAGCUAUGGGCGCGUUGCGGGGUGCAAAUGCAGCCCACGGAUUUGCUUUUGUAUGGCAAUGGGGAAACUGUUUAUGCGCCAGCGGCCUUGAAAUAUCUUAAAUACUUUGCAACUGAUGUGCUGCCGUUGCGCUUUAGGCUGAAGCACAACGUCUACGGGUUCUACUGGCAGCAUCCGCAGCUGGCACGCUUAGACGGUAUCAUUAGUUCCCUCGUGCAUCUGCACAACGCCCAAAUGGAUCCGCAAAGGCUGGAGCGACAGGCGGCCUAUACGCUGGGCGACCUCAAUCAUUUUGGCGGCUGGAGCUGUGAGCUAUGCAUGCCGCCUGAACAGAUUGCUCAGAUGCUGACAGCCAAAGAAACUGGGAAUAGCCCAAAUAUACGAAUGCCCAACGAAACGAGGAGUUCACGCAUCGAUGCUGACUAUAUACAGAAGCUGAUUGGAGCUGGCAUCCUGCUGGAUGGCCACACCACGUUGCUGCGUUUGCGGCAACAGAGUGAGAAAUAUUAUGCGCCACCGACGGCGCUGCUUUAUAGCAGUCAAUUUGGACAAUUGCUGGUCAAUUUGUAUGAUGCGAAUGCACUGGACGAUGUGCAGGAGGACGAAGACUAAGAAACAUACAUUAUCCUAUUCGGCUAUAUAUAUAUACAUAUAUAGGUAUAUGUGCCUGCUUUCCCAAUCAUCAACCGAACUUACAUGAUUUUGUUUCUUCAUAUCGAACAU